AUGGAUAAGAAAAAUAAAAUACAAUAUCUCAUUGUUGACACGAGUGCCUUUAUAAAAAAUGCUAGUUUGCAGGAUAUUGGUAUAAAUAUUUUUACUGAACAAGCUGUUAUCAAUGAAAUCACAAACAAGAGACAAUUAAGAAGAUUGGUUGUUUUACCCUAUGAUUUAGAAGUUCAAGAGGCUUUUACUGAAAAUAUUAAAUUUGUAACUGAAUUUGCCAAAAAAACUGGUGAUUACACUAGUUUAUCAGCUACUGAUAUCAAAAUAAUUGCACUUACUUAUCAGUUGGAAAAAGAGAAAAUAGGAACAGACCAUUUGAAAAAUAUUCCAACUACAAGAAUUGUUAAAUCUACUGCUGAGAGAGACAAAGAAAAUGAAGAUAAUCUUAAACCACCAGUUGGUUUUUAUAUGCCAAAGAAAAAAGAAAAAACAGAAUUAAAUGCAGAUAAGACAGAAACUUCUUCGCAAAAUAUAGAAGAAACAAAUAUUAAAGAAAAUAUAAACAUACAGGUUAUAGAGGAUUCAGCAGCAAAUAAUAUAAUAAAUGAUACAAAAAAUCAAGAUCAAUCUUUAUAUAUAUGUGAUGUUUAUAAUGCAUCUUUGAAUAAAUCAGAUUAUGAGACAUCAGAACCAGAAGAAUGGGAAACUAAAAAUUUAUCUGAGAAAUUUGCUAAAUUGACAUGUGAUCCAACAGAUUUCAAAGUUGAAGGUGAGGAUGAGAAUAAAGACCUUGUGAAUGAUAUCCUUGUCCCAGUUGGAACAACAAAAUCUAAAGAUAGACAAGGUAAUAUGGAAUUGAUUCUGGAUGAAGAUUAUAAUUGUGAUGACAAUGACAAUAGUGAUGAUGAUGACGACGACGAUGGUUGGAUCACAUCAGGUAAUCUUGCUGACAUAAAAAAACAAAUGGAUUCCGCAAUACUCGAGGAAAAAGCUGCAACUGUAGCAUGCUUAACGAUGGAUUUUGCUAUGCAAAAUGUACUCAUGCAAAUAGGACUAAAUGUAGCUACAUUAGAUGGCAGAAUGAUUAAACAGAUGCAGACAUUUAUAUUCCGAUGCUAUGCCUGCUUUAAGACUACUAGCAUCAUGACGAAAGUUUUCUGCCCACAUUGUGGCAAUAAAACUCUGAAAAAAGUGGGAGUCACAUUAGAUGAGAAUGGAAAGCAACAAUUACACAUAAAUUUCCGAAAACCUCUCUCAGCCAAAGGAAAGAAAUUUUCUUUACCAAUGCCAAAAGGUGGAAAGCAUUCGAAUAAUCCUAUUUUAUGCGAAGAUCAACCAAUGCCGAAUCAAUGUCCAACACGAUUAGCACGUACUAAAAAUAAUCCGCUUGAUAAUGAUUUUAUCAAUAUAAUUGGAUAUUCUCCAUUUAUUACACGUGACGUAAAUUCGAAGUCAGCUAUAUUAGGUAUAAGAUCAGGUGGUUCUUUCAAGUAUUGGAUGAAAAGAAAUCCUAAUGAAUCUAGAAAGAAACAAAAAUAAAAAUAAUUGUUUUUCAUCAGUUACUUAUCAUUUCAGUACUUGUAUUUAUUAUAUUAGCUAUGCGAA